GAGGGGGCUGGACCAGGCUGAAGGGGAGAAAAAACCUGCAAACAAACUCUCUAACUGACUUUUCCCCCCAGAUCGAAAAAGACGUAUGAAGGUGAAGGAACUCGUGCGGUUUUAAGGUGUGAAAUGUGUCUGGAUUUUGCCGAAGAAAGCAACAGUGGGUAGAAAGUCGUGCGGCGGAUCUGAUCGGAGCGCAAAGAGCGAAGACGACGAGAAGCAGGUAUCUGGUGGAUGGAAAGAAUAUGGAGGUGAACAGAAAAGAGGUGCCUUUAUAUGGUCAAGUGGGAGCUUGUGUAAAGUUACAAGCCAGAGCUCCUGAAGAUGCAGAGUUUUAUGUUGUUGCACAAGGCUCCAGACUUACACAUGUAACAGCAGCAAAAAGAGGUGAUGAUGGGCUGACUCUUUCAUUCACUGUUCCAGGCCAUGACCGUGUAGAAGCUGUCUCUGUCAAACCCUAUUUUUACACAAAGGAUUGCAUUCAGCUGUGUGAGGGUGAAGCAUCUCUUAAAUACAUCAGGGAUGUUGCCCAGGAAGCAGCAGAGUACUUUAAAGAAAACGGGGACCAACUUGAUCCCCAGAGUUACCAAGAGGUUUUAAAGAAGUUCCCUGUCUUGGCACAGACAACUGAUGAGGACCUUUGUGGCAGAGUUUUAAACAGCAGUGAGCAAGGGGUGCAGCUCAGAUCAAGUUCAGGCAAUGAGGCCGAUCUGAGGCAGCUGGAUGAGAAGAUCACGCAGGCUCUAGCUAACAUGGAUUACCCUUGGCAGUUGGAAAAUACAGACAGUCAUCCUGGAGAAGCUGUUGAACAACACUUCAAAGAAACCCUCCUUCACCUUGCAGUGCAUUUGGGUUUGGUCCAUCUUGCCCGCUUUUUAACUCACCAACUGAGAGGUGAAGGGAUGUUGACGUUGCCCAAUUGGGAGGGAGCAACACCCUUCCAGCUGACUCAGAGGGAUGGACGUCAUACCUUGUUUAGGGUGCUGGCAGCUCCUUUAGGGCCUGUAGUCGGCCAUCUUCCGGGAAUUUGGUCCUUGUGGUCUGACAGCUCCCGCAUGCUGAGGUUUUGUCCUGAGACAGAUUCUGUCAUCCUUACUGUGCACAAUUCUCCUGACUGCUGCAGUCAGGACAGCAUCAUGGUCCUUCGAGAAAAACUAGAAGACUGCAGUGUCCAAAAACUGAUCAAUGUGCUCAGAGCUGCUACUGAGGAAGACAAGAGAGAAACAGAUGAAGAUCAUUCAAGUGAUGAAAAGAUUACCAAGGAAUUCCAUGCGGAAAAUCAGGAAGAGCACAUUCUGGUGGACAACGUUUUUGAGGAGCAGCUUGUUUUGUCUUUGGAUGAUGAUGAAGAUGAGGAAGAGAUCUCAUCCUUGUUAUCUGUAAAUGGGCCUCCCAUGCAGUCCAGUGAAAUUCAGAGCCAUUUUGCACAGCAUGCAACAGAUACUUUGCCCUCCAUUAUCAGCAGCAAUGAUCAGACUCAGGAAAUCGACAAUAAGUGCCAAGUUAGUGGUGUGACAAGGGGCAGCACAGUGACAGAUGGCAGUUUGUGGGACACAGAGGAUCUUCUUGCAACCGACACCCCUCCACCUUAUUCAGAAGACAUCUAUCGUGCCUCUGUCCCCUGCUCCCUUCCACUCUCCUCUGUUGACCAGGCCCUCACUAGGCUGAACUGUCCUGCCUCCUCCGAGCAGACCAAUCAGAGAGACAGUCUUCCAAUGGAAACCUGUGAUCUCAGUCCUAGUCUGGUGGCUCUAGAAGUGGACAGUGAGGAAGAGAGUACUGAGCCAAUGUCUCCACUUUCCCCGCUCUCGUCUGAUUUUGGGAACAAUGAAUACAAAAGGGAAAUCCUUCGUCCAGCUGCUGGUAUCACGUGCACUCGCAGCCAGUCGGCCUCAGCUUGUGAACCCAGUUUGAAGGAAUUAAGUGAGGAAGGGAUUCGAUUGCGUUCCUAUUCCUAUUCAUCCCCCAAAAUCCCUUUCCGUCCUGCUCGUUUUUCCCGGGACAACCAAACAUCAUAUAUCAACCCUGAUGGCGUUCUCCACAGUGUCAGCCACAGCCGAUCUCUCCUUCAGGCCCUCUCUCUGUCUAAAUCCACCCUGUCUCUGUCUCUGCUCCACCCUGGUAAGCAAAGAACCUUCAUAUCUGAUCAGCCUCAUGACAAAAGGGAGAUUAGGUUCCGUAAACGGGCCCAGUCUGCUGAUGAUGAGGGCAACAUGGAGCUGGCAGAGUCCCUCCAGCAUCUCACUCUGUCUGAGUUUCUCAAAGAAAUUGAAGAGGAAGAGUUGGAUAAGUACAACAUUCCAACCAAGGCAGAGUCAGAGAAGUACAAAGUCAUUCGUACUUUCAGUUUUCUCAAGAGCAGGAUGUCUAGUACACGUAACAAAAGCAAGGGGAAAGGGAAGGACAAAGAAGCCAAGGAUCGGCAGCUAAAUGGACAUCGUUUUGAGACAGGCUCCUGUUUAGGCCACACAUUGUGUGUAGUGUGUGACAAAACGGCUUCUGGAAAGGAACUUCUGCAUUGCCAAAGUUGCACUGCCUUUGUCCAUAGGAGUUGUAAGGAAUCAGUCCCCCCUUGCUUGAAGAAAGUUCACGAUAAAUAUGCCGUAGCCAUGGUAAAAAACAAGACGGCAUCCCUCCCACAGAAUUUCACAGUGAGAGACAAUCCUCAGUCUGUGAUCACCAUGUCUACCCCUAUACCUAUCAUGACCCCAAAGGAGAGAAAGGACACUGUGACACAUUCUUGCUCUCUCUCUGGAAGUCUCCCCAACAGUGACAGUCGGCUCAGUGAGAGUUCAGAGACUGAAUCUGAUAUGCUAAAACUGAAGAGUCAGUCAGAUGAACUCCUUCAAACUCCAGUGUCCUCCUCCUACAAUGACUUGCCCUUCGGAGAGGACUGUGCAGACUCGUAUAUCCACAGUCACAGUGACAUCUCAGCUGAUUCUGCAGAUUACGAUGCUGAGUCGUGGAGUCUGACAGUAGAACACAAGUUUUGCAAGAAGUUUGACAAACGAGUCGUCAAGAGGCAGGAUGUGAUCUAUGAGCUGAUGCAGACUGAGCUCCACCACCUGCAGACUCUGCACAUUAUGGCCAAGGUUUUCAGGCGAGGUAUGAGAGAAGAAGUGCAGUUGGACGCUGAGGCAGCAGAGCGGAUUUUCCCCUGCCUGGAUCAGCUACUCCUCUUUCACCAUGCUUUCUUUGCUGCCAUGAAAGAGAGGCGACACAUCUCAGCCCAGCCCCACGGACACAAGAACUACCUCAUACAGCACAUUGGAGACAUAUUGCUUCAACAGUUUUCAGAUGAAAAUGGAGAAGAAAUGAAACAGGUGUAUGGAGUAUUCUGCAGUCAUCACAAUGAAGCAGUCAGCUUUUUCAAAGAGCUGCAGCAGCACAACAAAAGAUUUCAGAGCUUCAUUAAGCAACAAGGUAAUAACUCUUUGGUGCGACGGAGGGAGAUCCCAGAGUGCAUCCUGCUGGUUACUCAAAGGAUAACAAAGUACCCAGUUCUCCUGGAGAGGAUCUUACAAUACACUCAAGAGGAAACAGAGGAGCAUACCAAUGUUUUAAAAGCUCUGGCUCAGAUUCGAGAGGUGAUAGCAGCUGUGGACCUGAAGGUCAAUGAAUAUGAACAACAUCAGAAGUUACAGGAAGUGUGCAAUCGCAUAGAGAACCGCAGUGCAGCCAAGCUGAAGACUGGACACACCUUCCGAAAGCAGGACAUGAUGGGGCCUGGACGAAGACUCAAACACCAAGGCGUGCUUCUGUGGAAGACUGCCACUGGUCGACUUAAAGAUGUCCUGGCACUCCUUUUAACAGACACCCUCAUUUUCCUGCAAGAAAAGGACCAGAAAUAUACAUUUGCCACGGUGGACCAGAAACCACCAGUCAUUGCACUGCAGAAGUUAAUAGUCCGAGAAGUAGCCAAUGAAGGGAAAGGGAUGUUUUUGAUCAGUGCCUCAUCUGCGGGCCCGGAAAUGUAUGAAGUCCACACUUCAUCUAAAGAGGAACGAAACACCUGGAUGAGGCUCAUUAGAGAAGCUGUAGAGAGCUGUCCAGAGGAGGAAGAGGAAUACACAAGUGAAUCUGAGGAGGAGAGGCGAGCUGCUGAAGCUCGUUUCCAUAAGAUCCAUAAGUUACAAGAGAGUUUGAUGAGCCAGGACCAGCAGAUCUGCUCUUACCUGGAGGAAAAGUUGCAGAUCUAUGCCGAGUUCUCUGCUCUAAAUGGGAAUAGGGGCGCUGGGCUAUUUGAACCACGACUGCUGGUCCAGCCACAUUCAGAGGAGUUGCCGCAAACUGCUGGACUUCUGGCAGCAGCUCUGCAAGAGGCCGAUAAACUGAAAACUGCACUGUUAUCCAAUGCCCACUCUUCCUUGAGUCACAGCCUGGACUCUGACACAGACUCUGUGUUUCCUGUCUGUCCUGCUACACUUGCAAAGCCAAUGUCAGACUUUUCACACACCUCGCUUGCAAACCCUGAGGCCAGUAAUGGGAACUGGGUUGAAGACUUUGAACUUCAGUCUCCGACUGACAUCCAAAAGAAGGACAUGAAUGACAUCAACUUCACGGUUGCUCAAAGUGUGCAGAACCUGACCCAGUUACUGUAUAGUUUGCAGGCUGCAGUGACCAUCCAGGACACCAACUAUGAAGUCCAGAGGCUUCUCCUUCAAGAGAGCGAGCGCUCUUCACCCCAUGCCCAGCGUCUGCACCUUUUAAGCCUCCGGGGCAACACCUUGCAGGAGCAAGAAAAACAGCGUAACUUGGAGAAGCAGAAGGAGGAAGUGGCGGCAGCUCACCGUCUUCAGAAACAACUACGGCAUGCCAAAGAGCGUUGGGAGCGAGAGUGCCACGUGAGGGAGAGCCAACAGGAGGAGCAGGAGAGCAGGCUAAAGAAAAGGCAGAGACAGUGCCAGCUGGAGGAAGAGAAGCUGAGGCAUGAGAGAGAAGAGCUGAAUGAACAACUGGAGGAGUACCAACAAAGCCUAGAGCGGCUCAGAGAGGGCCAGAGGAGCGUGGAGAGGGAACGCGAGCAUCUGGAGAACCAUCAAAAGCUGUUCCAGACCUGGAACCAUGGGCGGCAGAGCAGCCUGCCCUCUGUUAUCCCUCACAUGGUCAUCCCUCUAGACAGGCAGCAGGAUUCGCCAACAAGUCAAUCCAGAGCGCAUGCCGGUAAUGGCUCCGUGUUUGUAAAUGAGGCCGCGCUUGCCAGCACCAGCAUUAACAACCGUCACGUCCACCAUAAAAGGAAUGGCCACAGCGCUCACAAUUGUCUCAACACCCUGCUGGCCAUAUCUAACAGCAGACAAUCACCUAUUGUUAACACUCCUCUCAGCCAACACUCAGACUCCCAGGAAUGGGUGAUGGGUAGAGGAUACCUCUGCAACCCUGCAGGAAGGCUUGGGCUGCAGAACUCAAGCAGUGAUCACAGCUACAACGGGGAGAACUGGAUGUCAACAGCAAGCGGAGCUGACCCAUAUCCAAUGCUCCCACAUCCCAGUGACCCUCAGCUGGACCUAAGUGCACUGGUUUCCUUGGAGACUGACAGUGAUGGGGAAGAGGGCAGAGAGGAAACUAUUGUGUACCUUUAAAUGUGGAUAAAUUUCAGACUAUUGAGAAACCAACGCAGCACAUGGAUGAAGACAAGAUGCUCUUGAAGCAUCAACAUCACUGCUGAAUCAGGCCAGCCACAGAGAGCAUUUUAGUUUUUUGUCUUUAGGUUUUCUUCACAUUUAUCUUUUGAAAUUUUGCCUACCUUUUUUUAAGUAAAAUGAUGAGUUACUGGGAAUACAGAGAGAGAGAAACAGAGAUAAAGUAGCAGACUGUGUCUCACAUAUAUCAUGCACCUUAGCUGGAGGCACCACUGGGUGUUAAGUGUCUCUAUUCUUUUCUGCUCGCUUCUUUUUAAUGUGUGUGUGGUCAUAUAUUGACUGUCUCGUCCCCUGCAGCUACAACUUUUUCCCCUUCCCCCCAUCUGCUUGUGUCUUUUCCUCAUCAUCUUCCUCCGGUCCCAUACAUCUCAUUCCUCAAGCUCUAUAUUUAUAAAUUUUGCCACUGAAGGAGAAAAAGCAUUGACUGUGCCCCAUAUCAGUGAAACAUCAGGCUGUGUCUCACCAGCGGGCGAUUGUCUCGCCGUUGGAGUAAACUGACAAUCUUUUUUAUCAGACAGAUGCUGUUUAUUUACGAGCUGGGUAUAGUGUGGGGCAUAGAACAUUUGAAUUGAGGGAUGAGAUGUGACAGCCAUAGUCCCUUGUUUCUGUCCAUACCCAUAUAUUAUCCUUUUAUCUGACGCACAAUGUCAUUGUUAAAAUAAAAGUCAGAACAGAUACAGUUUUAAGGGAGAUCAGAAAAUAGCAUAAACAGCAUAAAAAUGAAUCUUUUAAGCGGAAAGAGGAUGAUUAUAAGAGCAACACGGUGGAUUAAAUCAUUAUUUAAGUUGACCCUGGAGACAGUUGGUUGAUCAGUUCCUCGCUUUUGGCCUGGAUUCAGACAUCUUGAAGACUGAUGGAUUGCCAUUUAACUUAAUAAAGGCAUCUAUGGUCCCCUGAGGAUGACAUCUGGUUGGUUUUUAAUGAAAUUUGUUGACAUAUAUUGAAUGGAUUGUCAUCAUACCAUUUACAAUCAUUAAUAAUCCUCACAGGAUUGAUUGUAGCAUGUGUGAUGAUCCUUAAACUUCCCAUCUAUUGAAAUGUUUUGUUCAAACAUUUUAAUUUGCCAAAUACAUUGGUUUAUAAACCUUUAAAAUCAGCAAAGUUCCCAUUGAGGUAAUCUCUACUUUAUAUUAGAGCAACAGUCACUAGUUAAUGGUAGUGUACUGAGACUUUGGAAACAUUUUUCUUUUUAGUAUUUUCGCAUGCAUUUAGCCCAAAGCCCACCAACACUUCCUUUCAGAGCUGCAUACAUGGACAUUUUUCAUUUUAUUUGACAUGCUUGUGAAAAACUAUGUAACGAGGCAUUAAAAUGUUACAACUAAAAUACAAAUAUGCUUUACAGGGUGGAAAAUGUCCAGGGAAUAUCACUGCAUAUGCCCAAAACAAUAUAAAGUUGCCUUGUUUUUUUGCUUAAUGAUAAACCAUUGCACUUGAAUAUUCAUGUAGUUUAUUUGCAUGUUAUCCUGGCAUAAGCAUUUUUUUCUGUAAGCGAUCUGUGCCAAUGCUUUAGAUGAAAAAUUUGUUUUAUUACUGUUGUAGUUUUGUUCUGAUUUUAGUACCAUGUACAUACAGUAUGUUUGCGCUUAUAUUUAUUUAUUACAAAAGAGAUGUUAAUGUUUUGCUGUGCUUUAUGAAGGGUUAUAUUGUACAUAGAUGUGUAUUUGUGUAGACAGAUGUGUUUUUCUCUUGUGAGCUCAUGUGUUGAAUAAACAGACAUGACCCUAUAGAUAAAAUGGCCUAUAAUGAA